AUGGGCACUUCGGAUGAUUUAUCAGCCCCCAGCAAUGUGCCCGAGGGAGACGGGGACAGCAGCACUGCGACACCCGAUAAACCCAUCGCUUCUCCACAACUGGAGUUAACGAUCCAACCCCAUCCGCAUCAUGCCCCAGGUACACGAUCGGACGAGGAUGAGCCUCCUCAGUCGGUGAUCCAUGCCCCACCAGGAUUUGGUGAUUUUACCGCGUCGCAACAGGAAACUGGGAGUACAGUUGAUUCAGGGUCUCCCUCACCCAACUCGGAAUAUACCGAGUCAACUCGAGUGCCGGACAGGGUGAAAAAGGUGCCUUUCGCUUUGCCCUUUUAUGAAGAUAUUUUCCCGUCAUUAACGGCCAAACCCAUGAAGAUUGGAAACAGUCCUAUUUCACCUCCUCCAUUGACAACGGCCGUCACUCUCGCGAAAGAUUGGUCCGAUCGAGCAACGCCCCGGGCGCAAACAAGGCAUGAAUUCGAAGAAUCUGAUCGGCGAACACGCUCGAGCAGCCUCGAAGAUAUUCCCGAGGGUACGGACCCAAUGACCGUUCCAUGGAGAUCCCCAGGCCCGGUGAAAGUAUCUAACAUCGCCCCAGGAAACCUCGCUAGCAAAGAUGCCGAGGUUCACGCUUUGAGAGCAGCUCUUGCCGAAUGCUGGACACUCUGUAAUACACUGGCGAGUUUAAGCUACAUUCACCGAGAACGGCACCUACGGUCUCACGGCGAUGACAUGCAAGAGGAUGCAUGGAGGUCCUGCUGGAGACUCUGUCAGAAGCUUUACGACACGCGAGAAGACGAUUAUGCAUCCCAGGUGAAUCCAACUCUUGACCUCUGCCGAGAUUUCUGCCAGGCUUUAUUUGAAGUCCGGGUUCGGGAUAGUGACCUUGCCGACUCGGUGUUGCGCGUGAGCUUUGAACUAAAUAAUCACCUUUUCAACACACACGAUCGGAACCUGCCCGACGCCUUUCGAGAGAGAACCUUGGAUUUUUACAUCACCCUAUGCCACCGCCUGAUGAAACAACGAACACGUCUCACAGAAACCGACUCUCUGCUGGGUGCGUGCUGGACCCUGGCCGAGAUGCUCUUCAGCAUUCGUCAAAGUAAGAGAGAGGGCAGACCGCUUGAUGAAGAUUUGUUGGGAUCUGCUGUUCAAGCCUGUUGGGAGCUUUGCGAUAUCUUUCGUGAGGGCUGGACGCUCCACAGCCUGCGCAAUUCGGAUCGCGGAACCCCACGACCAAGUCAAACGACGUUUACGCAAGCAUUCAACCAGGCGACGCAGCAGAGACUCGAUUUUGUCGAAUUGGUAGGCCCACCAGGCAACCCCGAAACCCCAACGACCAUCUUUGAAGACACAGCAACCGCUUCGCCCGACGACACCCCGGUUCCUAACAUCCUGGUACUGGGUCAUGGCACGGAUCCCAGCUCACAUAAUAAGUGGUCCUCAAAUGCUUCAAGUAUCUCGGAGAUGUCUCGAUCGUCUGGGCAUACGACAUCCUCCGCAAAUACCGUAACCACUGUCUCUGAGGAUCCCAACUUGACUAGACUGAAGGUCCUGAUCACAAAAGCCGCUAUCAAUAGUGGUUAUCGACCCGGCGAUUCACUGUCCCUUUCAUCAUUUGUAAAAUCACUUCCCUCGGAUUCGUUUGGCUCCACCCCCUGGCAAACCUCGUUGCUCAAAAACUACCGGAAGCUGGUGGCCUUCGAUCCCGCGUUCGGAAAUGUUGGUCCCCGAGCUCGGGUCAGCGCUUUGGACGUGGCGCACGCAUGCCAGGCGAUGCUUCAAGGUGGACAGUAUUCGUGGCUGCGAGAUCUUUAUCGUCUUGUGUUCGGUUUCUACAUGGAAGAAGCGAUAGGGCGCAAGGGUGUUGCAAUCCAGACGUAA